AGGAUAUCCUCUUUCCUCUGACAUUCCUGAUCAUAUGUCAUACCCCACAACAAUGUCACAAAGAUUGCAAGAAAUUCCAGAUUUCGAAUUCAACUACAACCCAAAGACAAAACCGCGCAGAAGAAAGGCAGAUUUCCUUCUGAUUCCAGUAGGUUUAAUUUUUAUGUCACCACCACAAGUGGUGACAUAUUUUUAUAGUCUCCAACUUUUUUGCGGAUGGUGUUCUGCAUCCGGCAGUUGGUGUUUGGCACUUGGUUUUGGUGUCUGUAACAAAUGGCAGGUUGUGACAUUUCGCAUUUUAAUGCCUUGU